AAAGAUUACGCUGAUGCAUGGCAGCAGAAUCUCUGGCUAAAAUCUGAAGAAACUCCUUUACUCAUAUAUCUGACAGGUAAUAGUCUCUGUUUGCACUGUAAGAAGCUUCCAACUAUGGCAGCACGCAGCAGAAUCUGAUCUAUCUUGAUCUUGGAAGAGAUGGCACUCAUUCCGGUGUACGUUAAAGUUCAACUAAUGCAUUGGAUUGCCUACUGGGAGUAAUGUUUGAUAAAGAUGGAGUUGAUUUAUGCAGUUCUAUUACUGGCUUCUCUGCAUUGUUUUGUGGCAGCUAAUAUUCAAGAACCUUUUAAGGUGAAGCGAAUUUUACAAAACUGCACUCAGGUAUGGUUCCUAAACUCCAUUACUAUACUACCUAAUUAUUUGGAUCUUGGAGAACUGACAGCUUCUAUGGGAAGUGCUACCAACUAAAGAAGGUUGUGCAGUAUAGUCCUGAAUAAAUUAACUUAUAUUUUAACAUGUUUCUUGGACUUCGAUUUUACACAUUGUUGGUAUGAUGACUGCUAUUGUAUGAGUAGGAUUAUGAUGACAGCUAUUGUGUGAGUAGGAAGCAUGAAUCCGAAUGCUAGUCUUUCUUUAUAUGCAGUAUGCUGAAAAGAAGGAAGAUUGGAAGAUGAGAUGCCCUGUAUUCAUUGAAGACUUCACUAAAUGCUUCUCACAAUCAGCUCUCUGACUGGAUCCAGAAUCAAGUUACUCCAUGCACUUGGUCCUACGUUAAUUGUGAUUCUAAUUCUAAUGUUGUUGCUCUAACAUUGUCGUAUAUGGGAUUCUCUGGAUCCUUGUCGCCUAAGAUUGGAGUUCUGAAGACUCUUCGUAGCCUGACAUUGCGAGGUAAUGGCAUAACUGGUGAGAUACCAAAGGAUUUUGGAAAUUUGUCUGGUUUGACACGCUUGGAUUUGCAAGAUAACCACUUAACUGGAGAAAUACCAUCUUCCCUUGGUGAUCUUAAAAAGCUUCAGUUCCUCAGGAUUUUGAGCCAAAACAAUCUCAGCGGAAGAAUCCCGGAGUCCAUUACUGCCCUUCCAGAAUUGAUGAAUCUUCAGCUAGCUUCCAAUGAUCUCAGUGGUCAAGUACCUGAGGCUUUAUUUCAAGUACAGCUGUACAAUUUUACAGGAAACAACCUGACCUGUGGCAUAACUUUUCCACACCUUUGUGUGUCUGAUAGUAACAAUUCAGGUACUUCAAAUAAAUCGAAGAUUGGAAUUAUAUUCGGAGUUAUUGGAGCAGUAGUUGGGCUCCUUUUGGGAGGAUUUGUAUUUCUUCUGUUGAAGGGCAAACAUAAACGCUACAGACGUGAACCCUUUGUAGAUGUUGCAGGUGAAGAUGAUAGAAGAAUUGCAUUUGGUCAAUUGAAAAGGUUUGCAUGGAGAGAACUACAAUUAGCUACAGAUGACUUCAGUGAGAAAAACAUUCUUGGACAAGGAGGUUUCGGAAAGGUAUAUAAGGGAGUCCUUGCAGAUAGUACAGAGGUUGCAGUGAAACGAAUAACUGAUUAUGAAAGUCCUGUUGGAGAAGCAACUUUUCUACGUGAAGUUGAGAUGAUAAGUGUAGCAGUUCACAAGAAUCUCCUAAGGCUAAUUGGGUUCUGUACAACACCCUCAGAGCGGCUCUUGGUCUAUCCCUUUAUGCAGAACUUAAGUGUUGCUUACCGCUUACGAGAGAUCAAACCUGGGGAACCUGUGCUAGAUUGGCCUACUAGAAAGCGAGUGGCUUUAGGCACAGCUCGUGGGCUUGAGUACCUUCAUGAACAUUGUAAUCCCAAGAUCAUUCAUCGUGAUGUCAAGGCUGCUAAUGUAUUACUAGAUGAAGAUUUUGAAGCAGUUGUUGGUGAUUUUGGCCUGGCAAAGCUGGUGGAUGUAAGGAAAACAAAUGUGACAACACAAGUUCGUGGAACCAUGGGUCACAUAGCACCUGAAUACCUAUCCACUGGAAAGUCAUCAGAGAGGACUGAUGUCUUCGGUUAUGGGAUUAUGCUUCUAGAACUUGUAACUGGACAGCGUGCAAUAGACUUCUCACGUCUGGAAGAAGAAGAUGACGUGUUAUUGCUUGAUCAUGUGACGAAGCUAGAGAGGGAGAAACAAUUGGAUGCUGUUGUAGAUCGCAACCUAAAUAUGAAUUAUAACAGCCAAGAGGUGGAGAUGAUGAUCCAAGUUGCAUUGCUUUGUACUCAGACAUCACCUGAGGACCGUCCAACAAUGUCAGAGGUGGUUCGGAUGCUAGAAGGGGAUGGACUUGCUAAGAGGUGGGAAGAGUGCCAGCGGGUUGAAGUUACUCGUAGACAGGAGUAUGAGAGAAUGAGGAGAAGAUUUGACUGGGGAGAAGAUUCCAUGUAUAACCAGGAAGCAAUUGAAUUGUCGGGUGGAAGAUAAAUGGAUUAUUAGAUGGAAUCAUUUCCUUUAUUGUUUAGACUAAUUCAUCUUUGGCAGGUUGAUCUUCAGGGUGAUUGAGAGGUAAAGUUUGUGAUGAUAUACUGCAAAGAAAUCACAAUAAAUGCGGAAUAUGUAUAUAAAGGUCAGCUUUUUUCCCUACUUCCAGAAGAGAAUUGGUUUGUAUGUGGUGAAAUUUUAUUUGCACUGGUGCAAAAUUAUGAUAGUGCAAAUGAAUUGAGAGCAAAUACUGAUUUUUAGGUUUCACUUUGUUCUAUUCAUUACCAUUUACAAAUGAAUUAAAGCCCGAAAUAAAAGUGAACCGGAUUUGCACUCA